GAGUGAGGGCUCGCCAUGCCUCUGGUGAAGAGGAACAUCGAGCCCCGGCACCUGUGCCGGGGGGCCCUUCCUGAUGGGGUGACAAGUGAGCUGGAAUGUGUCACCAACAGCACCCUGGCUGCCAUCAUCAAACAGCUGGGCAGCCUCAGCAGGCACGCAGAGGACAUUUUUGGAGAGCUGUUCAACGAAGCCAACAGCUUCUACAUGAGGAUGAACUCACUGCAGGAGAGGGUGGACCUGCUGGUCAUCAAGGUGACACAGCUGGACUCCACCGUGGAGGAAGUUUCUCUGCAAGACAUCAACAUGAGGAAAGCCUUCAAGAGCUCCACGGUGCAGAACCAGCAGGUCGUGUCCCGCAACUCCAUCCCCAACCCGGUGAUGGAGAUGUACCAGCGCUGUGACAAACCCCCACCACUCAACAUCCUCACACCCUACAGGGAUGAUAAGAAGGAUGGCCUCAAAUUCUACACCGACCCCUCCUACUUCUUCAACUUAUGGAAGGAGAAAAUGCUGCAGGCGACAGAAGACAAGAGGAAGGAGAAGCGCAGGCAGAAGGAACAGCGGCUGGUGGAGGAUUCCACCCGGGAGGUGAAGAAAGUGAGGAAAGCCCGGAACCGGCGCCUGGAGUGGAACAUGAUGGCGUAUGAUAAAGAAUUCCGGCCGGAUAACAGGUUCUCACCAUCCCCCUAUCACAUGGCGUCAUCGGAAGGAUCACUGUCCCCAGAUAAUAGAUCCUACGCCUCGGACGCUGCCGACCACUCGUACCCGGCCAGCCCCAACCACCCCGCUCAGCUGCUGGCCCCUGCAGCCCACCUGGCCCCAGCAGAGCACAAGGAGGGGGUGCUGGCAGCCACCAACCCCCCGGAGCACGUGUUCAGGCCAGCCACGGGCAGCAGGCAGAACAGCCUGACCCGGCUGCAGCAGCCCCACGCCCCGCCGCCCCCCGAGGCCGUCCUCAACGGGCCCAGACCCCACCUCGUCAAGGAUUACGGCCCUCAGCCGGUGCCCAUGGCCGAGUACUUCGUCCCGCCGGCCCCGCCGCCUCCUCCGCCCGUCAUCCCAUCGGCACAGACCGCCUUCGACAGCCCCAUCUCGGCUCCCCCCGCGCUGGCCCCCGGCUCGGCAGCACCCCCAUCCUACGCUCCAUCACCGCCCCCAGCGCCCCCCGGGCCCUACUCCGCCUCCCCACCGCAGACCGGCCCCAUGGGACCCCCGGUGGCCCCGCCGCCCCCUCCGCCCGGGCCCCCGGCCGUGUCCGCCUCUCCAGCGCACUCCGCAUCGCCGCCCGCGCCCGCCCUGGAGCCGCGCAAGCCGCAGAUCCCGCUGAUGCCCAUGAGCGAUGCCCGGAGCGACCUGCUGGCAGCCAUCCGCAGGGGAAUCCAACUCCGGAAAGUCCAGGAGCAGUGGGAACAAGAGGCCAAAAAAGAGCCCGUGGGCAAUGACGUGGCGACCAUCCUGUCGCGCCGGAUCGCGGUGGAGUACAGCGAGUCCGACGACGACUCGGAGCUGGACGAGAACGAGUGGUCGGACUGAGGGGCCCCGGGCUGGGCUGGCUCGGAGCCCCCCGCUCCCUCCCAGUGUUGUGGGUUCUGCCUGUGGUGACACGAGGAUGGGAAUUUAGGGACGACGGCGGUGGCAGCUCGAGCUUCCCUCUGUACAGGGUAGAGAGGAAAACCUGGAUCCAUCCGAGGCACCCCUUGUAACUACAUUUGUUCAAGAAAUGUCAUCUUAACCCCAAACUGUUGACACUUUAUGCAUGUGCUAAUUAAAUUUAAAAGAAAA